AUGCUAACUAGAUCUGAUCCGGGGCUAGGCGAAUCGCUUGCUGUCGCAAUUCACUUUCACGCCGCCAUAAUGAAAACUAUCGUCCCGGCGUUGGGCGCCAAAAAGGAAAUCUUCCACGAUUAUCCUCGGCCUGACGACACGAGGUAAAGAAGCGGGUAAUAUGUAGAGGUUUGGUGUGAACACGUUAAAGCGCUGAAUGGACUCAUUCUUAACAUAUUUAUCCUCUAAAAUGGAACUAUUUUUAAAGCUUUUGAAACGCAAUCUUCGGCCAUUAACUGGUCUCGUCAUCGACAGCAUUGUUGGCGUUUUGACAAGAAGAUUAGUCUACAGCGGGUUUCAUAAUGUCCCUCCCUUACACCUGGCGUUGUACAUAGUCGCUUAAGAUUAAACAAAAAC